AUGGAGACGGAACUCACAGCGAUGUCUCUGGAGGCACGACACACUCGCUCGCACUCUCAUCCCGCUCCAGACUGGGACAAAAGGAAAGGCAUGCACAUGGCUGAUCUCCUCUUCGCCUCCCACUGCUCUUAACGUCUCCCUCCCUUCUUAGCAUUUACCAGCAGGACAGAAGAGGCCAAAAAACCCCUGGGAUAUACCCACAGUUCUUCAGAUAUAAGGAGAGGAGAGCUAGGGUCGCAGAAGAACCUGGAGCAAAGCUGUCACUCACAGGCAGAUGCUGCUCACUGCUGGGUCUUGGUCAGAUGACAUCGCUGUUGACUGGCACUGUUCCGGGAGCAGUGGUUCACUUUGGGCAGGUGCGCUCUGAGAUUGUGAUGAGGGGCCGGGGUCACAGGUCUGUGGAUGUAGAGGAGCUGCUUCGGCAGUCUCAGGCUGAGUUGCUAUGGAUACAGAGACAGCUGUCAAUCAUCUCGGCAAGGAAUGCUCGACACACGCGGGCAAAAGACAGGCUGAGGCACGAAGUGGCCCCGCAGCACGUCUCCACCCUCUCCCCCCAGAAUGUGAAUCUCUGCCAACUACUGGAGGACAGGAACCAAGACCUCAAGCGUGAACUGGCCACCCUCAAGCAGGAGAAACAGCGCUACAAGUCCCUGGAGACCGAGGUCAGAGAAAGAAGGGCCAAGUGUCGGGCGUUAGAGAAGGAGGUGAAGAGUACAUGCCUUUCAUGUCAGACUUUGAAGAGCGAGCUACAUGAUGCCUUGCAGGAGAGGAAUCGUCUCAAUCUGCAGUUGCUCAGUCACAGCCUGAAGGCUGCGCAGUAUGAACAGGUGAAGUCAGACUAUGAGCAGCUCCGAGAGACCUUUGGUACUGUGACUCAGGAGCGAGACUUGGCACGCCAGGAGAAGAACCAGCUCCAAGACCAACUUGAGAACCUUGAGCAGGUCCUGAAGCAUAUGCGAGAAGCUGCUGACCGGACGCAGCAGUUGGAGGCGGAGCAUGAUCAGGCCCUGGCUGUCCUCAGCACCAAGCAGCAGGAGAUCCACCUUCUGCAGAAGGCUCAGGUUGAAGCCGAGAAGGAGCACGAGGGAGCGGUUCAUGUGCUAGAGGUCAAAGUUCGCAACCUGGAACAGAAAUGCAGGUCUCAAAGUGAGCAGUUCACCCUUCUGUCUAAAGAACUUCAUAAGUUCCGAGUGGAGGCUGACACUGUGGACAUCCUGAGCGCUGACCCCUCUCCUGUGUUGAAGGCUGCCCAUCUCCCAGAGAAAAACCUCUCUCUCACUGUCAACGGUCGACCCUCUCAGCCUGGGAAAGGCAAUGAGAGACCUGCGGGCAGUCCGCUGAAAGCCGAGACCCCUCACCCCCUGCCCGCCGCUGCUGCCGCUGCUGCCCGACACAAGCCCGAGUCGUUGUCCGUCAAACCCAUCAUCCUGACCAGGAGUAGGCCCUCCAGCCCGCAGCGGGCAGGCCCCUCAGAGAUGGAGGAUGAGGUGAGUCCAUCUCCCAGGUCCAAACCCCGCUACACAGGACAGGUCCGCCUCUGCACUGCCCGCUAUAGCUAUAACCCUUAUGAUGGACCUAAUGAGCAUCCGGAGGCAGAGCUCCCCCUGGUGGCGGGGAAGUACCUGUAUGUCUAUGGGACUAUGGAUGAUGAUGGCUUCUAUGAAGGAGAGCUGCUGGAUGGACAGCGCGGCCUUGUCCCCUCCAACUUUGUGGAGUUCAUCCAGGACAAGGAGAAGCCCCCGGCCGAGGGUGGGGAUGACCUGGGCCCUCUGGAGCGUAGCCGUCUAGGCCUUGGCUCGGGCGACGGGGCCGGGGGCCUGGGGGGGCCCUUGGACAGCCUGGGCAUGGGUGACCCUCUGGGGCCCUGCAGCAAUGGCACGGGGGGCCCGCAGGAAGGGGACGAGCUGUCCGACAACGUGGUGCCUUACCCGCGGCGGCUCACGCUAAUCAAGCAGCUGGCGCGCAGCGUGAUCGUGGCCUGGGAGCCGCCGCAGGUGCCGCUCGGCUGGGGUUCGGGCGCGGCGGGCACCGGUGCGGGCGGCGGAGGGGGCGGCGUCAGCGGCUACAACGUGCUGGUGGACGGCGAGGUGCGCUCCAGCGUGCCGUUCGGCGGGCGCACCAAGCUGCUGCUGGAGAAGCUGGACCUGGCGGCCGCCACCUACCGCGUGUCCGUGCAAAGUUUGACCGAGUGCGGGCCCUCGGACGAGCUGCGCUGCUCACUGCUGGUGGGCUGCGGCGUGACGGUGGCGCCGUGCGGCCUGCGCGUCGACAACAUCAUGCUGGACUCGGCCGAGCUCUCGUGGCUGCCCAGCAACAGCAACUACGCACACGCCAUCUACCUGGACGGCGUGGAGCAGGCGGUGGUGCGGCCUUGCUGCUACCGGUACCGCUUCACUGGCCUCAAGGCCACAACUGUGUACAAGGUGCGGGUGGUGGCCAAACCCCACCAGAUGCCCUGGCAACUGCCCCUGGAGCAGAGGGAGAAGAAGGAGGUGGGGGUGGAGUUCUGCACCCAGGCGGCAGUUCAGACAUGUCAAGGUCCCCCACUACCUCCGCAAGAGGUUCAGGUCCAAUGCGGUCCAGGUCCUGGGGUCCUACAGGUCUCUUGGAAACCCCCACUACUCACGCCUAUGGGGACCUCCAAUGGGGCCAAUGUCAUUGGGUACGCCGUGUGCACCAAGGGACAGAAGAUAGCUGAGGUGAUGUUUCCAUUGGCGGACUACGUGACUGUGGAGUUGAACCGAAUCCAAUGUCUGGAGGCGCGCGAGGUCGUCGUCCGGACCCUGUCAGCACAAGGAGAGUCGCAAGACUCGCCCGUCGCAACCAUUCCAAACAACCUGCUGGUGCCUCCGCCUGGUGCUCCCCAUCAGCACCCCCACCCCCCCCCCCCACGCGCCUCCGCCUCACCUCCAGUCCCCGCUACGCCCUCAGCCCCAGCCGAUGCCCCCGCACCAGCACCCGGGCCCCCAGCAACCGCAGCCUCAGAUGCAGCCGCACCCUCCACCCCACGCUCCGCCCCACCCGGUCCCCCAGCCCUCGCCCAGCCACUUCCAGCCCCUGCCGCAGCAGCCUCCCCGACACCUGCCCCCGCACCCUCCGCACCCACACCCGCAGCCUCCGCCACACCUCCACCCGCUGCCCCCUCACCCAGGCCCCCAGCCCCAGCCCCACAUCCCCAUGCCCCAGCCGCACAUCCCGCAGCUGGCCCACCCGGCUCGGGGCAUCCGCAGAGACCACUAAGUGCCAGAGAGCUGGAAACCAAAGAGCCCGGGCUGCCCGGGGGGCCUCCCGGCGCCGGGCACCACGGCCCUCCAGGCGGCCAGCAGCCGUGGGAGCCCCUGCGCUCGCCCUCGAGCGGCCCCAUGCCCCGCGGGCCCGCACACGGACACAUGCUGGAGGCGCCAGCCCACCCCAACCGCCGCUCGCCCUCACCACAGAGGAUCCUGCCGCAGCCUCGCGGCACGCUCAUCCCCGACACGGUAGCCAAGGCCAUCGCCAGAGAGGCAGCACAGAGGGUGGCCGCCGAGAAUGGACGGACUGAGAGGAGGAGCCAGCCUUUCCACCAGCAGGGCUCAGAUGAAGAAGAGGAUGAGGAAGGUUACGGCCAGGGACGGCGUAGAGGGGCAUCUGUGGACGACUUCCUCCGUGGCUCUGAGCUGGGCAGACAGGUUGGGGCUCUCCCUUCGUCUGGGCGUCUGGAGCGCGGUGACAAUCGACGUCAGGGUCACGGCGGACCUCAACCCCAGCGCCGGCCUCUCAUGGUGCCCUCAAUUGAUGGGUACAGGGACCGAGACCGACGGUCACCUCCCUACUACGACGAGUCAGAACCCGAGGACCAGUGUCGAAUCUUUGUGGCGCUCUUCGACUACGAUCCCCUGUCCAUGUCCCCUAACCCGGACGCAGCCGAGGAGGAGCUGCCAUUCAAAGAGGGCCAGAUCAUCCGGGUGUAUGGCGAUAAGGAUACGGACGGCUUUUAUCGGGGUGAAAUUCGUGAUCGUUCCGGCCUGAUUCCCUGCAACAUGGUCUCAGAGAUCCGUGCGGAAGAUGAAGAAACAAGAGAACAGCUCCUCAAACAAGGCUUUCUGUCUCUGAACACACCUGUGGACAAAAUAGAGCAGAACAGGAGAGGAGGCAGGCAUGCUGUGGCCACCAGGAGGAUGGUGGCUCUGUACGACUACGACCCCAGAGAGAGCUCCCCAAACGUGGAUGUGGAGGCUGAGCUGACGUUCUGCGCUGGCGACAUCAUCGCUGUGUUUGGGGAGAUUGAUGAAGAUGGAUUUUAUUAUGGUGAGAUCAAUGGCCACCGGGGCCUGGUCCCCUCCAACUUUCUCGAAGAAGUGCCUGACGACGUGGAGGUCUACCUGACGGACACGCCCCCUCGCGGCGGGCAGCCGGCCGAGCCCGAGGCGGAAGCGGCUCCGGUCCCGCCGCCGCAGGCCGAGGCCAAACGGCAGGUACCCGUGGAAACGGCCCCCUCACCCGGACGCCCUGCCUCCCCCAUCGUGCGCCCGCAGCUUGUCCCCAUCCCCAUGAGGCCCCUGAGCCCCAUACGCGGGCCCCAGGACCUGGCCUCCAAAAAGAAAAAAGGACUGCUCUCGAAAGGGAAGAAGUUGCUGAAAAAGUUCUCCACCGCAAAAUAGACCCAUGGUCAUCCUCAGCCAAGUCAUAAGUAUGCAGGUACUGACUGUGGAGGAUGAGUUGAGAUAAGGGCGCGCUUGCCAAUGUUUGGGAUCGGCGUCAAGAAAAAAAGAUCUUGUUACCACGUAGUGCCGAUUGUGUGAUUGAAACGGGUCAGUUAGUUCCUCAAAAGUUCAUUGCUUUCAAUCAGAAUGUGUGGGGAGAUAGCAAUGACAGGUCAUUGAUUCAGUCUUUUAGUUCAAGCAGUAAAUACUGAGAAAGCUUCAGUGCCAAGAUGUACGUGGAUAUUUACAAUUUCUUGGUUUUAAACUGCAGGGAUCUUUAUGAUUUGUGACAAGGGCAAAUGUGCAACAUAUAUACAGUGCACACACGCACACACACAUAGACACACACACUUGUUUGUUCAUGGUGAGUGACAGGGAGGUAUGAGCUGAAAUUGUGCAUCAGGGUAUGGAAAGAUUCAUGCAAACAAAUCUACGCCAAGAGUCACCUAGACCAGAAAAUAACAGUAUAUAUAUAUAAAUAUAUAUAUAUAUAUAUAUAUACUAUCAUCUAUUAUCAAUACUUCCUCAUAUAUUUAUCUAGAUACCUUCAGUGCAAUAUACAGCGUCUGUUCAGAAUAAUACAUUUUACAGGAGGUGUUUGACACUUGACUUUGUAUGAGAGGUGUUUUGUGCUAUAGUGUUUAGACAGGGUGCUUCAGAGGUCGAGAGCUUGAAUGAGUAAUAUAUGAAAACUUUCUCACCAUCUCAGUGGCCUUCAUCUAAACAAAACAAACAAACAAACAAACAAAAAAAACUACAAUGACCAAGAUGCUCUUCUGCUGUGACUGCUGUGCUCUUUCUCCACCUCGUGUUUUCUUCUCCCAUCAGUCUGUGCCAAGUACCUACUCUGGACUGCGUAAUGUGUGGGACUGGCGACUUUUCAAUGGGCCAUGGCCAUGUUUGGUUGAAUCCAGCCUCUUGUGUUUUGCCUUUCAAAAUGCACAAUUGUUUGUGUUUCACUCGGUGAGUGGAGAGUGACUGGUCUCUGUGUGCUUGUGUGGGUAUGUGGCUGUAUAUAAUGUGGGUCUGUGUGUGUGUGUGUGUGUGUGUGUGAGAGAGAGAGACAGACAGAGAGAGAGAAUGAGAGAGAGUGUGUGUGUUUCCGUGUGUGUGACUCACUGUCUUUUGUGUGUUCAUGUUUGUAAAUCCGUUCAACAAAGAGAAACAGAUAUAAAAAUUGAACUAGAAAAAAAAAUGUAUCAAAGUCACGUGAUCAUGUGCUGUGCUGCUAACCUACAUAGUGUCACAUUUUUUUGUUCACUGUCGCCAGGUGAUGGUUGCUCUUUCUCACUCAAGUAGGAAAUAUAUUUACUCAAAGAUGUCUAGGUGUGCAGUACCUUCUGAUUUUACAGCGUUUACUCGUUUACAUAGUGGCCCUUCUGUGUCAGCAGAAGUGGCACUCCUGUGCGAAUCUGUGAAAGGAUGAGAUUUGGUAAAUACUUUGGUAAGACCCCUGGACUUCAGCCUGUUCAGUCCUUGAUUUAUCCCAACCAAAUGGGUGACAUGGUAUGACUUCUAGAUUGGUAUGACUAGUUGGUGACAAAUCAGAAAUCAUUCAAACACAACUCAAACAAUUGGCCAAGUGUGUUUGUUUUGCUCCCACUGAACCAAGAUAACGGUCGGUGUAGCCCAAAUACUCAUGCAAUCGGAUCAAAAACUGAGCUAGGCUUUGCCAACACUUUCUUUUCCCUGUGUUGAAAUCAGAGUGAGUAUUUUACUAAAAGAGACCUUUCACAAUCAGCAAGAGUGUUAUGACCAAUGUAAUGAUUCUUUUGAUGUAAUGCAUAUGAAGUUUUGUAUAUGUUUGUAUGUAAAUGAGACAUAUGUUGCUGAAUAAAAGGAUGACUGCCAAAAAGUGUAUGAAGCAUUCAGCUGCCAGUAUAGCUUGUACCAUUAUUUUUUUGCCAAACCAUUUUGUCAUUUACUUAUUUAUGGAAAAGAGAGAAAGACUAACUUAAUAACUACACUGAGAUCUCACUUUAUAGUCCAUUUGUGGCUGGCAAUGGUAUCUUAACUGUUUGAGUGGCUGUUGGUCUUUUGUACUUUUACUCAUUUGUAGAUAAUUUAUUAUUAAUGUUUAUACUUGAUUUUUCAGAUUGCAUUUUUAGUGCAUCAGGAUGUAUUACUUGACAGUGCAAGCAGUAUUCAUGGUGUUCUCAAGAAAAGUCUCAGUUGCUCGCCCUGUGAAUCUAAAGACUAUGAGAUGAAAUCAGUGGAAUGUGUCUAUGAGUAUCAUAUGCUGUGUGGCUGUGCAUGUGUUAAUCACACCUUUUCUAAUGAAAAUAAAUUUGAUAUUUUUCAA